CUUUCCCUCAACUUCUUCUCUCGGCGCGGGCGGCGCUGUCGCGAUCUCCCUUCUCCUCCUCGUCGCCAUCGUCUUCAUCAUCAUCACCACCUCCUCCUCCACCUCCUCCAUCAUCCUCCGCUGCUGCCUUCUCCUCCGUGUGCCUCCUCCUCCUCCUCGUACCCGCCAUGUCGGGGCGCACGGCGCGAGCGGAGACGCGGAGCCGCGCCAAGGACGACAUGAAGCGGGUGAUGGCGGCCAUAGACCGCGUUAGGAGAUGGGAGAAGCGGUGGGUGACCGUCGGAGACACGUCACUGCGCAUCUACAAGUGGGUGCCAGUGCUGGAUGGGAAACCCCUUGAGAAAACGCGCAGGCCGGUUCAAGGGAAAUCCCUGUCCCUGUCUGCCCACACGUCUCCUGAAAACAGCUCCUCUCCACUCAUGACUGAGUACCAAGAGGAGAACAGUAACGAUGUUAGUGGGUGUUCCAGUCCUGGAAGAGACAUUUCAAGCCAACCCCCGGCUCUUGGAGAUGAUGAAGCAGCCAUGUCUGUGCCAGAUUACGAGCAUCCUCCAGAACUCACCAAGGAGGAGCCACACCCCAUAUUUCUACACGGACAGCAGGUGCUGGAGGAUGAGGUGGCGCCCCCACUGAAGAGGAUGCGCACGCAAGAGGAGCAACCGGCAUCGCCGCCGCCUCCUCCUUCUCAGCCACAGCCAGAGCCAGAGCCAUCAUCGUCGUCAUCACCGUCGUCGACAUCGUGCCGGUCCCAGCUGCCACGCGAGACGGGAGGACCAGAGACCCCGCUCUCGGCCGCCCCAGAUGCCAACGACGGCAAAGAGGAGGAGGAGGAGGAAGAAGAGGGGGCAGCGGCGACGAUGCCCAUGAAGGGCGGGACAUCCGACCUCGCCUUGUCUACCCCGUCCACCUCGUCGUCUUCUUCCUCGUCACUUCCGCUGGAAGAUGGCAAAAUGGAGGACUGUGCUACGCCAGUGGAGUGAUGGGGGGAAGGAGAAGAGGAGGUGGGGGAAGGGGUGAGGUGAUGAUGGAGGAUGUGGGGGGGUGAGUAAAGGAGUGGGGGGACAAGUGAGGAGAUAGCGGGCAAAGGGGUGGGAGACGUCGCGAGUGAGGAGUGAGUGAAUGGGAGGGUGGAGAGAGUGCCUGAGAUGAGUGGGUGAGGGGCGAGUGACUACCUCUCAACCUUUUGAUCAUCGUUGGGGUGGGGACUCACUCCUCCACUGCCAUCCCUGCUGUCCCUAUAGUCUGGAACUUCCUCUGUCUGACAACCACACGAAUGCCCCCCCCCCCCCCCGCCCUGUUCCAGUUAAGGCUUGAAACUUUCUACAUAUGACUGUUUCUCUCCAUCCUACGCUUCAUUCCCAUCGUUGCUGCUCUGCAGUCUCAUUCCCUCCUGCGCCUCUCCAUCUCUCUCGUAUGAAUGCCGCCCCUCACGCUUGUAAAGUACCUUGAGAGGCAGUUUUAUUUAGACGCUUUGUAAAUCGUAUUUCUAUUGUAGCGAGUGAUGGGUGGGAGACCACGGGCAAGUGAUGGCUAGGUGAGUGUGGAUGAAUGGGCAAAUGCAUUCAUGUAGUCAACCGAUACGUGAUGAGCUCAGGCACAUUUAGGAUUAUUUGAUCUUUGGCAGAGAUUUAUUCAAUCAUUUAGUCAUAGGUGAAAGAGCGUGUGAGUGAGUGAGAUCACGUGAGAGAACGAGUGUCAAAGCGAGCAAGCGUAGGGAUCGGAGUGUACGAGCCAAUCUCGGGUUCUCGUCUGUGUCUGGCAUUCCCAUUGCAGUGCGGGUAAUUGCCAGCAAAAUGCUCAGCACUGUAGGUGAUAUUUAGUGAAGGCCGUUUGGCGGAGCCCUCAACACCGCUUAAAUCCUUCGACGCACGCAUCCUCGUACACACACGCGCGCGCGUUUGAGAGGCCAGUCUUUCAGCGCGUGCAGUGUCUGCUGGGACGUGCACACCCAGCGGGGUUUAUCUGAGCGGUCGGCCCCAAGGAUCGUUCAAUGUCGCCAACGUUUUCUAGCACGUACAUGGUGUGCUCUCUCCCAUUGCUUCUCACCCUGCUCAAGAGUUACGACCACAUGAAAAUAUUAGAUUCUCGAAGUAACAAUUUUAGCAAUACACGUGCCUCCCAAUAACCAUCGUUUUAUCGUGCAAUAUACGUACAGUCAUAAUUUAAAUAGCGGCUGAAAAAGGCCUUUACAACUAUGGUUAUAAAAUUGUCACAUUGCAAUGCAAUUAUCACUGAAUUCAGAAUCCCGAUUUAAUGAAAAAUAUAUGUUGUUACAUUGCAGUGAAUGAUAGUGCCUCUAAUGACUUAGAGGCAACGUGAAUUGAAAAACAUCAGUCCUUACGCAAUUGUUAAGAUUAAAUUUUGAUUGACAAAUCCAUGCAUCGGGACUCCCCUACUUGCAACUAUGCGUUCAUUGGACGUGCAUACCCAUCGACCAGUCAGCUCUGCGCACAGUUUGGUUCACCGGCUGCUGUACAGUUCGUGCUCAUGAUGGAUGUUGGCAACGUUGGGACGAUUCCUUCACGUGCGGUUCCACAAACUCCAGCCCUCGCCAUCCUCCACCUUUCCACGUUUGCCAGUCUUUUCUUUGUUCGGGCACAAAUUCGACUGUCGCACGCUGCAUGCACCGGAUGAUCGAUAAACAUGUCCUGUGCUCAUUGCUAGAGAGCGCCACUUUAAAUUAAUAUUGAGGUCUUGCGCGUGUGUCAUGUGUUUGCCAAACACAAGACGGCAUGCAGCAUGUGAUCACUGAACAGAGAAAAUUAUUAGAGGGUAUACCUCGAGGACGCAAAGUUUAGAAACCCUUCCCCCAGAAAUAUUUCUGCACGUGAUUAUUAUUGUUGAGUUGCUAGGCACCUGACUGACAUGUCAAUUUAACGAGAUGACUUGUGGUGACAUUUCAGCUGGGUGAUUCAGUGGUCGGAGAGACAACCUCUCCCAUUGGGCAGCUGCGAGUUUUCAUCUCACUGGGGGACAUCGAAUCGGCCCACCCUCCUCAUCUCCUUGUAACAAAAAAUAAGUACCACUUUGUGAGAAGUCGAUUGUGGUCGUCGGCAUGGAGAGACUGGCCUCUGGCAAGGGAGAAUGUACAAUUUGUACCGCGUUUUGAAUGGGAUUGUCGAAAUGUGGUCAGACCAGAGUCUGCCGAUUGAGAUGCUGGGACACGGAGUGAGCACGCGGUCUGUGCGAUUUCUCACCCGAGGGAAAUAACCGAGUGAGGUGAAUUAAUGUGAACGUUAUGUCUGUUAUCGUUAAUAAGUGCUGAGGUCUGGCUCUUCUGCUGCCACAGAAUGAGGCCGAGGUUUUUUAACCAUGGGGGUUGUCAGUGCUGAGGUGAGGUUUUGUUUUAAAAAGGGGCUUUCCCACUGGAAGUAAUCUUAAUCAUCCGGGAUAACAGCAAUUCGGCUUGUCCAGGCAGUUGCUGGUGAUGAAGCCAUUCCUUGCCAUCGCUUCUGCUCGAACCCUCGGCUAUCGCAUGGGCGAUAUCCAACCUGCAAUGUUCGCGUUUGCAGGAUCCUACCGCCACUCCAAUGCCUAUCUUGGUGACCUGCCCUUCUCCAUCCUGCACGUGUGCCCUAUCCAUUGCAACCUCUUAACGUCUACCUUGCAUUCUUAACCUAUUCUCUUCUGAACCUCUUUUUAAAAUGAUGUUUUACCAUUGCAUUAAGUUCCAAGCACCUGCAAUGCACCUAUAUUCAAAGACCAGAAGCUUAUUUUCCAGUUGUUUUGUUCAAGUCCAACUCUGAUAAAGACAAUUCUUGCCUCAAACCAAGCUCCCACCUCUUAAUACUCAUGUUGACCUCUCGACUAUUCCAAAGCUAUUUACAUAGUCCGCCAAAAACAUACCCAGCGAAUGCAAUACAUCUUAUUCUCACAACCAGGAUAAAAAAAAAAUCAAUUAUACGAGUUGAGAUCACUCAAGUCUCCGAGACUCGUUUUAAUUCGGCUUCCGCUUGGAUUGUUUGGCCAGUUUUUUUGCGUGUCAGAAGAAGAGGAAUGCAGUGCAUGGAGGAAACCCACGUGGCGAGGGGAGAAACGAUCCGACACCUUUUACAGGAGCCAACGCCGCUUCCAAAGCGUUACCCGUCUCUCUUGUGAGCGGACAGUGUCUUACCAACACCACUGCUCAUCUCUGCAUGGGUCACCAACCCUGCCACCUUCAAGUCCGAGAGAAUAGGUGCACGUAAUUGUCACUGCACUGAGAUGGUGCUGUGAGUUUACUGAGGCCAGGGUAGGAAAAGUAGUGUGAAUGGUGUGUGCACGUGUGCGGUUGGUUUUGAGUGGAGCAGUAGUGUAGUUCUUAGCACGCUGCACUAUGAACCUGGCGACCAGAGUUUGAUUCCCACUGAUGGCCCAAUACCAGUGAUUAUCUGAACUGUUUCUGGGCCUCUUGUCUCAGCCUCCUCAUGAGUACCUGCUGCGAUCUAUGAUCAUUGCCAUUGGGGAGACAAAGCUGGCAAGGCAUGGUGCCAGCCACCCAUCCACCCCCUCGCAUGCUAUGCCGGAUAUAAUAGGUGCUCGCGAACAACAUUUUCCCCAAUAGUCUGUUCAGGUUAUACGGGGGAUCUUUGAGCGUCGAUUACAGUUGGUUAUGCUCAUGAUACACGCUACCACGUGUCAAAGUAGUUUUUUUUACGAUUCUCUUAAAUUGAAAUUGCUUCGUAUAAACCCUGCAGCCACUGGAGAUCAUACCUGAAAAAAAGUUAAACUCCAAUGGAAUCGACACCCUGAAUCAUCAAAAUUAAAUACUGAGGGGGCAAGUCAAUGUGUACAAAGGGAAUUCUGCUACACGUGAGAGCCAAUUGCAGUUCUUUAUUGAUGGGGUCGCAUCGGAUUUUGGUCAUUUAGUGAUGAUGAUAUAAUCAGAAUCUCUCUUUCAUAUAGAGGCAGCUUGAAGUCGAGACAGGACUUUUUCUCGUCAAAUUAUAAUUCUAUAAACCUUUCGUUGGUACCUUGGUCGGAGCAUUUCAGUAGGUUAUAAGAUAAGUUCAAAUCUUAUUUUGAGCGUCGAUUAAGCUCAGUCCAUCAUUCUUCCUGGAUCGAUAAAACAAGUAUCCAGUUCGUGCAAAGUUUAUCUUGGGGAAGUGGAAUUUCCACCACUGUUUGGGGUCUCCGUCAGAGGUAUUUCAACUGCCCGGCAAUUCUUUGAGCAUGGAGGCAUGUGGUGGCUUUAAAUUGUUGGUCUUCAGCAGCAAGAAGCUGGCCCCAUGAAGGAAAUGGUCAGAGUCGUGGGAGCCACUCACUGCAGAUAACGAAGAAGUCCUUUUUCAUCUGCAUUAUAUAUCUUAAUUAUUAGAUUGCAGUCCUAGUCUAAUUUGAUAAACAAUCUGCAGAAUUACUUCUAAAACCUGAAGUAAUCAGUCGGCACGGAUAUCAUACAUGUAGUCUCACUAGUAAUAGGGUUUUACCCUUUUAUCUGGCAACAAAACUGACGCCUUUUUACAAGGGAUCAUGUUUGCAUUAACCACAACACUUGCGGUCAAAAUGCAAACAAUAGACAACUCUGAUAAUGUAUGCACUGUCCUUGAAAUUGAUUCGCCCACACCCGAGACAGCUUUACAUUAUCAGAGUUAUCUUUUUUGUUUGCAUUUUGACCGCAAGUGUUGUGGUUAAUGCAAACAUGAUCCCUUGUAAAAAGGUGUCAGUUGUGUUGCCAGAUAAGAGGGUAAAAACCUAUCACUAUAUCUUGCUACUGGCAAAGGAGGUCUCAUAAUGUAGUCACACUUUCUACAGUACAGUGCUGUAUUUCAAUGCACUUAUUUUAAACAUUGAUUAGUGCAUCGAGUUAUGGCUAUGAGAAGGGUAAAUUAAUUGGGACAUGGGGGAGUGACUGCAUGCCUAUCUCUUACCCCGUGGGUUAAGAAUUACUCAAUUGAAAUAUACAUAGCACCCAGACCCCCACUACGAAAACAUGGCAGGACCCUACUCAAGGAUUCGUGAAAUUUGGUGUUGCAUUGCUCGGUAGUCAAGCAUAAUGAUGGUAAAUGUCAGGGUACUGGGCCAGUACCACUGAAGGUCCUGAGUUUGGGAAACCUAUGAUGAUUAAACUAGGUUCUCGUGAGCAGCGAUGGAUGAGAAACCCCCCAAUGAUUGCACAAAAACACUCACUGUGGGAGUUAUUUAAAUUUGGCUAGAAUGCUUGAGCGGUACAAUUUGUGAUAAUUGUAUCAGAUAGUUGACACGCGGAUAGUUAUUUCGUACCACGAAAAAGCACGAUCUGUUGUUGAAGCUGACGAUAAACUGUGCCCCGUGCACUCCUGUCUGGCCUUUUCCGAUUCGGAAGAAAAGCUGAUUAAGUACGUCUUAGAACGGGAAAGGGUUGAGUGGUUGUGUGGUAUCAUCUGGGGUAAUUACCCAAAAUGUGGAUGUGAGGCUCAUUUGGGUCACAACCUAAACUUUAACCACCCGGGACUGCACAGGUCCAGAGCUAUGAACAAUGCCCCUGCAGUAACGCGUAUUCACCAUUUUUACAUAAUUUUUGAUCACCUUUCGUUUAAAACUCCAGGGGAGGUGAAUUGCUUGGUUCACUGAUUCGUUGUUCCGAUCUUGUUAUGUCAAGGGGCAUACGAACGAAUCACAUGCAACAGAGAUGAAGUGAAAAUCAUAUAUUCUCACACCUUCGGUGCGUGUCAUGUCAGUAUGAAUUGAUGCAUUGUUACGAGCCUAUGUUGUGCCACAUCGUCAAAGUUUCACGAUUGGAUUCUAGCCUAUUAUACCGCUUCUCAAGACGCUGUACAGAAAUAGGGGGGGCCCAUAUUUAUUUGUAGAGAGUUUACCGACUAAUGCAGGACUUGUUUCCUUAGAGGCACGUAUUGGGUGGUUAAUGCGGACAGGUGGUGUACUUAUACCCCUGACCACGACUGUUCAGAGCUUGGAUCUUGAUGCCUCCAGCGUGUAAAUGCUCCCCACGGGUCUCCCUCGUGUACUCGUCGUGCUGCCUUGUUGGCGCCACUAAACCGCCUCGCUUCACACGUUGAUCCUAUUUACGGCCAAAGUAUUGGCUGCAAAGAAACACAAAUUGGCGCCGAGUAUAUAUGUUGUGCGUUGUUGCAGAUUCACGCAGUGUUAGGUUCGCAUCCUGGCCCUAUAGGUUGAGGGUUAGCUUUCAGGCAAUGCCCCUCGCAUCAUAUGCCAGCCCAGGCUGGCACACGGCACUGGGAAAGGGCAUUGCGAGAGCGAUUGCAGCGGUUUCGCUCACUGGCUAAACACGCUUGUAUAGAGGGAUUAUCACUGGCACACGGUACAAUCGUACAGCUGUAGUGCUUAGAACCGUCAUGCAUGGAGCUGGGAUGAUCGAGCGACUUGGUUCACAAACUGAAUCAUAAUUUUUUAUUUCAAAGUGGAGGAAUCCGAUGAGCUAUGAAAUUAUUUUUCGCCGCUGUCCAGGUAUGGGCGGGUCGGCAAGUUACAGCAGCAAACAAUGCAAAAAAAUUAUACGAGCGCAAACUAGAGAAAAUGGUAAGAAAGUUACUAAAUGUAAGCAAGUAAAAACUUAAUUAUCAAUUUAUCAAGCUUGGGCAAGGGAGCAAAAACAACAAAACAGUCCCAAACCGCACCAAGAUAGUCCCUCAAGAAAAUAGAACAGCAUAGCACUAUCGAUCACAAUAAUUAUGUAUAUAUAAAAAAAAACUUCGCAACAAUUACGUCAAUGGCCAGUGCAUUAUAUUUGCACUGUAGGUAGACCAAUACAAUAUGACAAUGAAUAAGAUAAUGGUCAUUGAAUUAACGUUCGUAUGAAGCCCAAAUGUUAUCGGGACUAUUUGUAUUAACUAAUGCAUACGGAAAGGUCGCGUUUGCAUACGUGUCUGCAUAUAAUAGAGUAUUUGACAGUAACCGAAAACUUGAAUAUUCAACAGACAUUCACGAUUGCUGGAAUAUCCCAGCUCGAUUGUAACUGCAGCAAUUUACACUUGUAAUAAGGUUUUCUAAAAGUCUUCUACACGCGUGGCCGUCGUUAUCAGCAUGUGCUCAUGCGCAGUCAAUCACGAAGAUGCUUAUUUCGCUGAAGUGCAUCUGGUAGAUUAUCGAGGUGGAAAACAUGACGUUUCAUAACAAUAAAAAAAUUAAAACACAGAUUUUCUUGCCAAAUAGGCAGCUUGAUGCCUGGCAAGUAAAGAGGCAGUAUCAUCAGUGGUGUACACGCACUAGCAAAAACGCCUCCACUGUUAACACUGCCUUAAAACGGAAACGUAAGCACUUGGUGUAUAGAUUUCGGCUAUGUCCCUUCCUCGGAGCAGAGAGACCGGGAUUGACUGAUGUGAACCUUACUCUGUAUUUUUCGGUAAAGUCACGUAGGUUAAAAAAGAAAAACAAAUAAAUUAAAUCACGACGUUUCGGAGGCAACACAAGCCUCCGUCUUCAGGUGGUGUGUCUCUUGGAGCGCCCUUCGCCUGUUACAGUAAUUUUUGCUGUGACGGUUCCACCUGAAGACGGAGGCUUGCGUUGCCUCCGAAACGUCGGGAUUUAAUUUAUUUGUUUUUCUUUUUUAACCUACGUGACUUUACCGAAAAAACUAAAGAGUAUGGUUCCUUGCAGUCACGAAAGCUUCAAAUCUAGAAAGAAAUGAACCUCACUUUGCAAUGCGGUGACUUGGAAACACUCGGAAAUUGUCAAGUCGCUCCAAGUCAUUAAACUGCUCGGUAGAACUAUUAACCAAAACUUUAACAUGCCAUGUAUACUCUACAGAGUGUACCCAAAGGUAUCGAUCAUUAAAACAUAAUUUGUAUUUUGAGCUGGGUGGAUAAAACUGUAUCCACACUUGGUAGUAUCUAAAUUUUAUCGGGUUCAAUCUACGAUUGUUAAUCGGGUUUAACAAAUCUGAAGAGAUUUUCGCAGACUGGCUUGGCUGCUUUGACGUGUUAAACAGUUAACAUGUGUAGGUCCUGCCAACGUGAACAAUUCGAAUUAUAUUAUGACACUGAAAAAAAAACUUCACGUACAAAAUUACACGUUCUGCUUUCUCAUGUAACGAUGCCAGUUUCUAGGAGGGUACUGUGCUGAUGUCUGUUUACAAAAAAAAAUUGAAACAUCCGUUUCAAAUGGCUCUUUAAUUCUUUUUCUUUUAAAUGGGACGAUGCAUUUCUGGACACGUUUUCUGUUAGAAGGCGGUGUUGAUGGAGGGUGGGUGUCGACUUGGUUCGUGCUCUCGUAUUAUAUCAGGCUUUGCUAUAACUCGUUUGCUUGCUGCAACUUGCUCGCGUGUCUUUGUUGUUCCGUCGAGGCGUUGUUUGAAGAGACGCGCUUCGUGCGUUUUACGAACGAUGGUGGUCGGACGUGUGAUCACCAAAAGCGUGUUUGCUUUGUUUUUAACACCAUAUGGAUGCUUUUACAAAAUAUCAGCAGUGCGUCGGUCCCAGCGGCUGGUUGAAAUUAUCAGGAGGGAAGAGAAAUAACUGAUACGACGCGAAUGGAGAGUCCAGCUUUUUGUUUUGUUUAUUCCCCCCUCUUCCAAGAUGGGUUUUCUUUUUUUUUAUUGAAUUCCAAUUUCAGGGGCUGUGCAAUAAGGUGCACCGUUCAAAAUGGGCACCUUGGUACAAUUUUACUCGAUUUAUAGAUGACAUGAAAAUAGCACGAGGCAUUUGCCUUUAAAACAUUUGUUUUUGUUGAGGUGGCUUACAGGGGUUAAUGCCUGUGUCAGGAUCAAUGAGCCAGUAACUCUGGUGGACCUGGGUUUGAAUCUGUGUCAAGUGCCAGUGAUUUAAACCAGGUAUGAAAAGGUACGGAGUUAAAUGGCUAGUCCAGCCACAAAUGACUGCACUAGAAACCCAAGCUAUGAAUAAUUUUUGUUUUAAUUUAAGUUCUAGAUAGCCCAUCUCUUAACAUCUCAAAUUAUUUCAUGUCGGACGACAGCCAUUGCGUAAAACAUUCUUCGCAGCAUUGAAGGAGUGCCGUCCGGCGUUGGGUGAGAGAGGUCUAGAUUUGAAGCUUUCGUGACUGCAAGGAUUCAUACUCUUAGUUUUUUCGGUAAAGUCACGUAGGUAAAAAAAUGAAAUUAA